AGAUUUUCGGCGAUAAUACUAAUAAUCAUAAUGUGAUACGAUGAUGAUGUUAACGAUCCCAAAGCCGAACGCAUGGGACCCGCAGACGGGUGUCCACCAGAUCGCUUCGGAAUCGCGCUUCUCAAAUCGGCUGCCCGCCAUCCCUGAUCGGCGCGCUUCUGCAGACCACUCUAACGACUGUGUGCAUAAUACUCGUACAGCAUCAAAGGAAAUGGAAAGAAAAAAAACGGUGUCGGGUCGAUGCAUCAUGAGGCUGCAUCAGGCGAAUAUGGGGAAGCACUUGUGCUGCACCUCUCAAAUCCACAAAAUUCGACACGGAUCUGAGACUUUUCUUUUUUCCCUCGCAUUUUACGGUAUAAUCAUACGGUAUGGUAUAGGCUACAUGGUACAGUGAGAACGGCCGGGGUCUUAACAAUGGAGGUGUCUCUUGAACAAAGAAACAAACUGCGCA